AAUUUUGCAUUCAGUAAGAUCCGUUGACGGUUACUAAAGCAUCACCCCGGCUCGUACAGCAGCGAGAACGUUGAGCAGCCUUCGACACAAAAAUAUAUUAAACCAGUGCCAAAACAAAUAAUUGCAAUUUUAAUUUAAAGUUCGACAGUUCUGAAUUGUAACUAACCGAAAAAAUCAGAAUGCAGUCCGCAUACAUUGUAGCCGCCUUAACGAUCUGCUUCCUGGGCUUCAGCUCAGCAGGCAAUAUGCCUGACUACAUCAAGGUGUGCCACCGAAAUGAUCCCGAGCUGUCUAAAUGCCUGAAAACCAGUGUCCACAACCUGCGUCCCUAUCUGGCUAACGGCAUCACCGAGCUGAAUCUUCCUCCACUAGAGCCCCUCUAUAUUGGGGAUCUUAACAUCCUGGACGGAUCUAACGGCCUCACAGUCCAGGCCAAGAAACUGAAUAUUAUCGGUGCCUCCAACUUCGAAAUCACCAGGCUGCGCGCUUCUAUGGAAAAGCAGCGCUUCGAUUUCGAACUUAUCCUGCCCCAUCUCCACGGUGACGGUCUAUAUGAACUCAACGGAAACAUCCUGGCGCUGCCCCUUAAGGGAAGUGGACCUUUCACAGGAAACUUUACCAACUUCAUCGCCUACGUCAGGGUCCAGUACGAUAUCAAGAACGUGAACAACUUGGAGUACCUGCACCUGAAGGAGUUCGCCUUGAAAAUCCGCACAGGCAAGGGAAGCCUUAAACUGGAGAAUCUUUUCAAUGGAGACAAGGUUCUGGGGGAUGUCAUCAACGACACAAUCAACCAAAACUUUGAGGUCUUCACAAACGAGGUGAUCGCCCCCAUUGCCCGCGCUUUGGAGGAAAAGUUCCGUGUCAUUACGACAAAGAUUCUGGAGAACUUCACCUACAGCGAGCUGUUCCCCCUAUAAUCCGUAUUCGAAAUUCAGCUUUAAUUUAGCUUGUGAUACACUCGAAUUGUUAUAAAUAGUCAUAAAGUAAUUAAUAAACUUAAAUUUUACAAAUGUGACAUUCUUAAUCAACUUAAGCUUAUAUCAUAGAUGAUCUAGAAACCCUAGUACCCUUUAUAAAGUUUUGAAGAAAAAAUAUAUUGUUGCUUAAACGAA